AUGUUUACUGACCCUGACGAUGAAGGACCCGACCAGCUAUGCGCAGAGGAACGCAGGGCGAUCAAUGAGAAACUCUUGAUGUUGGCGAACGAAGUCGAGUUGGAACCAGACGUGAUUCGCAGUGUACCCACCACAGGCGCUGAUUUUCUGCAAGAACUUGCUGAACUUGGAGCGAUCGACGCUAGAUAUCAGAACCGCACAACAGCUAGGACUUCAAUGAAAAAUUAUCCAAAGCUAACAGAGUUGCUAGCAGGCGCCCUCGCCAAGAAGGACUUCUCCGCCAUAUGUCGCCUCCAGCUUCUGAGACCGACUGCGACAUGGCAACAAUCUGCAAAGGAUGCCGGUAUGUGGCCGUCCGUCAAUGAGGAGAAAAGUAAAGCGGUUCGUGAUGCAUGGGCAAGUCCAUACAUCGGCGAUGCACACACAAUGCUCCUCGAGAAUGUGCGCCGCCUCAAUGAGAAUCGGCGUCCAAGCCCGUACAGAACGAGCGUGCUGGUUUUGCAAAGCUCUGGGACAGGCAAGUCUAGGACAGUAGACGAGCUCGCCAAGGAUAUCUUCGUGAUCCCUCUCAACAUUCGAAAAACGGCCCCAGGCUAUCCAUAUCCUCAUGCCGAUACUAGCAUAUCUCAUUACCUCGUCGGAUACUACCAUUCGUGGGACGCUGCCAUCGCCGCCUACUACAGCUUCUUUUCAUGCUUGUUUUGUGGUAUACUCGCAGAGGUCAAAGCGCAUUUGAAAUGUGAUUACGAGGAUGCCAUGGAACUUGCACAAGCUUGGCGCGCACACCUUAUGGCCAUAGAUGCGGGGUGUGCUGAUCGGCGCACCAACAGGGAAAGACUGUACGCAGACAUCAUAGAGAGAGCCUAUGGCUCUAAAGGCGACCUGAGUCGUGAUCUCAAUGAAGCUUGCGACCGCAUCGUCAGGCAGGGAAUGGCACUUGCGGAUGAAAUCGCGAAACGUGUAAGGUCGAUCGACAAGAGACUCGUGAUUGUGAUAGAGUUCGGGAGCGACUGUAUUCCAGCUCCCUGCAACGAGAUGCCUUGGGAUGUCUUUCCAGGAGGAGAGAUUCUUGCCUAUGAGGGCCAGAAAUCACUCAAGGAUGUCUGCACACUUGAAUUCAUGUGCAAUUUCGGACGUCCUCUAUGGCAAGCUCUCUACACAAGUGCGCAUGAGAGGGUUCGUGCUAGUGUCGUGAAUGUGGCAAUCUCGAAAUUGACGGGCAUCUACAACUACACCGACGCUGAUGAUGCAAACCUGAGAGACGUCCUGGACGAUGCCCGUCUUGCCGCCCUCAGCGUCCGACUCCUUCUGGAGUAUCCACCACUCAACGAAGAUUUCAUCCUUACGGGAAUGCGUCUAGUGGAGUCACACAUGGCCAUCGCCUACACCUUCAAGGCGGAUCGUCAGGGGUUGACGGCGGGAUAUCCAUCGGAACCCAUCGUUGCCGAAGCAGCUGCGCAAGUGAUGUGGAAAUUCAGAAGACCCGUGUCGGAAGUAUUAGCACAGUAUGUUACGAGUGGGAUGGUCCCUAUCGGAACAAGGGGUGAGCUAGUGAUGCGGCUGCUUCUCAUCAAGGCCUUCGAUUGGGCGGCGACGAGAUUCUGGAGAGAAAGUGAGCUGAUUGACCGGCCGGUGCACCUCUUCCACUUCCUGUCAGAGCUCUUCGGGCCUGAGCACCUGAGCCACAUCAAGAAGGCUCGCCCCGACAACUGUGGUGACAAGCAGACAUUCGAAAAAGCUUUCAAGGACGCGUACAUUCGUUUCACGCACUUUGCGAGGAUGGAGGACGACAGUUUGGUGAGUUCGCAGGGGGCAUGGGCAGCGAUAAUGCGCGGGAUAGCCUGGCUGUGCUCCCCGACCCAGGAGACCGUCGACUGCAUUAUUCCGGUGACCAUCGGCACGGGAAUGUUGUCAGAAAAGACAAUGACAGCAAUCUUCAUCCGCGCGAGCAACCGGCCGAGGUCCACACUACACCCCAUCGACGAAGCUAGCCUGAAUGGGCGCAAUGGUCGGAGCUUCUUUCCAGAGGAUAGCACGACGCCACGGCCAUAUAUCACGAUUGUGAUGGAGUUUGGCAUUCAAACAGCAGACAAUUACGCGACGACGUCCACGGUGGGUCCCGACCCGCACAACCCAGCGACCCACCAGAGUUCUCCAAUGGACCAUGGGUCGGCCAACACAGCCCUGCAUCCGCGUUACGCGAUGGUUGUGUACGGCUGUUCGCGCAAAGUGUACAAAGUCAUCCAGGACAAGAGAUCAUACAAACUGCUUCUGAAUGGGCGAAAUAUCUAUGACGAUCAUCCCCGUCAAGAAUCGGUCGAGUGGUUAAGGCGCAUCAGAGGCUGGUCCGCACGAACCUCCAGCAUGAAAUGGGCAGAUGACACAGAGUAUCUAUCAGAAGCGGGCGAGGACGGGGAGAUGGCUGCUGCACGAGAGGUACAAGACGAUGUUGGAUGGAUUGACAUCUCGACCCGUCCUGAUGCGUCUGACGAUGAUGGAAACUCGAAUGUCUAGCUGUAAUCGAAUGAGUUUGGGUCUUU